AUGAGCAGGAUCACCCCAAGGAGCACUCACGCCGUACUCUCGUCCCUCAGAGCACACAUCAAGACCGCCGCUGCUUCUGCUGCACCCAAGAGACAACGAAGAAAACAAGAACAACUCGACUCAACUUCCAUCGACAAUAUCUCCAAAAAUCUUAUCAAGGACCUAUACACCGGACCAUCCUCCUCCAAAUUAAAAUUCACCAUCGACGAUGUCUUCGCUCUCAAACCAGCCCAGCGGACAGUGACCCCGGACGAAUUCAACAAGCUCAAGGACCUCGUCGCUGCUUCCUUCAACCUCACACAACUCAAAGGCGUCCUCCGUUCUCAAGGAAUUCCUGCCAAUGGCAAGAAAUCGGUCCUCGUCAAUCAAAUCAUGGUCCUCAUGGAUCUGGAGAUCGUCAAGCCCGAGUCGAACGACCCUCCAUUGGUUGAGGACCCUUAUCAGGCCGAGAGGAACUUUGAGUCUGAGGUCUUUUCUUCCAACCGACGCGAACUCUUCUUUAUCCUUGGAGCUGAAGGAAACUCGUUGAGGCAAUUGGAGAAGGAGAAGAACGUGCGGCUCUCGAUCAGCAUUGCGGAUGAAACGUAUACGAUCAGGGGUGAGAAGGCGUCAAUCCAGGAGGCCAAGGAGCGAAUUCAGGAUAUGAUCGCGGUUACGGAAGAGUCUUGGGAUGUCUCGGGAUACAAGGAGAAGGAUCUGGUCAUGAAGGAUGCGUCGGCUCUGGAGGACAUUGCGCGCCGGUCAGAGACCUUUGUGUCGGCGGGUGACGAUAACACCCUGGUCAUCGCUGGACGGUCGGACAAGAACAUGGAGGAGGCCAAACGGUUAUUCGACCUCAAAGUGCAGCAGCCUUAUACCAAGGACGAACAGACGUUUUAUUACCAGGAGGAUGUGCUGGCUCCGCUCGGUAUGCUCCCAGUCUAUGACUCGGUGACCAUGAGCGCAGACGAAAACAAGAAGUCGUUCUUCAGGAUCAGUCAAAUCGUACCUUACGCACACAAACCAGCUGAGCAUUCUGAAAGUGAUGUGAUUUACCCUGUGCGGUCGUCACCCGAAACCAUUGGAACCAUGGACGCACUUGGACUGCACUUGAAGGAGGCAUUUGGCGAGACUCUUUUGCCUAGUCAAUCACUGGACGUCUCGGUUCAGCUUGGACAAGUGCUGUAUCCCAAUGACAACAAGCUACUGACCCAAGUUCCCAUAGGGACAUCGUUCGACAGCCUCGAGUUGAAGCGAUGGCUUACCACCGCCCAGGACCCCUAUUUCUUUCAAAAGUACGAGCGACGAGACUUGUCAAGACUCCCACUGGACGGACCCAAGAUCAGGACGAUUGAAGUUGAAUACACCCCAUCCUCCAGGACUCAAGAGACAUCAGCCGAACAAAGGAUAACCCGGAUAGUUUUUGAGCUCAACAACGAGGGCGAGCUGUGUAUUCAGGAAGGACGAUCGAUCGAUAGGCAACUUUUGACCAACAUUAUGGUGCUCGACCAACCCAUGGAUCUGCAGAUCAGAAGUGAGAUAUCAACGCUUCUUUCUCCAGACUCGACGGCGAUGAAGGCACUCUUGAUGCAGACGACGUUACCAUUUGCCAGCCGGUUGGACUGCCCAACCUUCUUUUCUUUCGGCGGUGAUAUGCAGACGGCUUCAGCACCAGCGGUUGCUCAAGUUGGUUUGGGAUCGACGGCCGCCCCAACACAUACCCUCAAGAGUAUCUUGAUGAAGACCACGGGUGUUUUCCAGCACUGUGGCUUCCCCUUGGUGGCCACGGAUAUUAACGACCAGUAUGGCCAGGUCCGCCGUCAGGAACUCAAGUUAUUGCCCACUCCGUUGCGAUACAUUACAGGGAAGGACGCCUUGGCACCUAAACCGGAUAUUGCGGACAGUUGGGGAGCUUUCAUGAGGGCCUCUCUGGAUUUGCAAAAGCUCUUCUAA